CCGUAACACAGCCUUGUGUAAGCAAUUCGCAGUAACCGUAGGGAAUUAUUUCCCAUAUAAUCAGGGCGAUACCAGAUAGAAGCGAAGCGGGUGCUGGUGCUUGGAGAAGGACGAACGUGUAGUGAUAGAGUUGGUUCGGCUGAACCUUACUCCGAAACCAAGCUCACCUUCCUCCGAAGCUUCCUCCAACAACAACCCCGAGGAGAUCGAGCAUCAAAACCCCCAACCCGGCCAAAAUGCUGCUCUCCAAACUGCUCCUGCUGCCUGUUGCAGUCGCCUCCUCCGUCACAAUCUACGUCCACUCGGUCCCACCCACCACCGGCACCGCCUCCAUAAUCCCCUCCCCCAUUCCCCUCGCUCACAUCGAAUACGACACCUCAACCACCACGCCCACUGGCACCGUAACCUCCUACACACCACCCCACGGCUCAUACUCCCCCGAGCACCUCCUGCGCAUCGGCCUACACGACCCGAAAUCCGGAUCAUGGCGCGGCGUGGUAACAUCGGCUGCUAGUUUUGCGGACGAGUACAAGAAGAAGUUCGUGGUGCAUGUAGAUGAGAAGGGAGAACCGUAUCAUGUGGGAUUCGGCACCAGCGCGAAGGGCCAGAGUGGAGAGGAGGUGGAGGUGGAGGUUGUGAUAAGGGGAGUGGGCCCGAAGCCUGUGUUGAAUAAGCCGAUUGUGUUGAAUGCGGAGGGGAAGUUGGACAGCAAGGAGCCAGAGAAGACGUUCUUGCAGAAAUACUGGUGGGCGAUUGGGCUGUUCUUGCUCGUUCAACUUGUCGCGGGUGGAGGCGAGAAAUAGGAACGACAUUACACGCGAUCGACAGUCUCGCAAACUUUCUAAGUCAGUGUUGCGGAGUCAUCCCGAACAAGAUGAACACUUGCGCCCGUCGCAGUACGAUAAGCAAAGUGUUGUCAUGGUGAAGAGUUCUAUUUGAUCAGUGCCGUGGGCAUCAACAAGAGGACCCACAAUGCGAAUCAGUCGAAUAGUCACUGUUCGCUCACGAAUGACCGUGCUCACGGACUGCAGGAGCUUCGUCGGAUUGCAUGGUCUAUUUUUCGAGGCUAGCCUAGCGCAUACCGAAUACCUAUCAGCCCGCGUUGACCGCUAUUUGAAUCCUCAUAACCGCAUUACUCCG